AUGGGUCUCAUCUCAUCGGGCGCCCCAUUCAAAGAAGAAUUGGCGAAGGCGCUUCGAAACGCCAGCUCCCCUUCAAUUCCUGAAAAUGUCACGGUUGAUUUUACCUAUCCGUCACCAUUACCGACCUGGUCAACCCGCCCGGCAGAGCCCGUAACAGCAAGCAAACUCGUGGAAAAUUUGGCACUUGUGGCGAUCGACGUUUUGUUCUUUAUUUGCUUUAUUCUAUCCUCUAUCUUAUUCCUUCGUGUGUUCAGCCUCUUCUCAACGUUUAGCUCAAUCAUUUUCUCGGUUAAAAACACGGCUCGAGACCUUUUUUGUGUUGCGCUGAUCAUGGCGGCACUUUGGAUAACCUAUGCUGCAUCACAGUAUAUACUUAUGGGCGAUGAGCCCGACAGCUGGCCGUUUCAAUUCUUCAGGAAUGGCGCGUGGGAAACUUUUGGCGAGCUAGAGGAUACGCAUAAACACGGCAAUCAUUGCGUGGUGCCGAAUAGCAUAUGGGAUUAUAAGUACAAAGAUUGGCAGUGCGCGUCACAGGGCUGGCUUUUGCCGGUUAUCAUGUUCGUUUAUACGCUAACGGCCUCAGUCGUUUUGAUCAACAUCUUGACGGCUGUGUUAAGUAACGAGUUCGAAGAGGUAAUCAAGACUGAGCAUUGGCGGUGUGUCUGGUACAAGAAAAUGGUGGAAUACGAAUACAAGCCCGUUUUCCCGCCUCCUUUUACUUUUCUUUUGAUCAUCGGAUACAUUCCAAUGGCGGUGAUGUUGCUUUGUCCUUCGGUGGGCUGCGUCGAAGCCUGGGAUGGUUUCAAGAGGUGGAUGGCGCUGUGCUGUGUGUCACCCUCUACCAAAUCCGACGACCCAUCGAACCCGUCAAAAGAAAGAGCAAUAAAAACCCGGGCUUAUUUUUGUAUUGAACCCGAGGAAGAAAUUCCGCUCACUCCGGUAAAUAACGAUGCGCCGGCCCCGCCGAGUCUCGCAAAGACGAAAAGUCAGAUUCUGCGCGAGUUCGAAAUGUUGGCUUGGAAGGAGGUGAAAGGAAGAAUAACGGCAACCUCGCUGCUAAUCGGCCGCGACUCCGAUCGGGACCUAACGCUGGCGUACGUCAAACGAAGCCAAGAAAUGCGGCACUGCUUCCUGUUUUUGAACAAGAUCGCGGCAAACUACGACGAGGAAUUUAGAUCCAAUGCUAAAGAUAUACCGGAGGGCCAAGAGUACCACGCCUGGGUGAUCUCGCCGCAGAAGAUUGCAGGACACUGGGAAAACGACCCCGAUGGCCAAGAGGUUCAAGAGUUUGAAAAAGCUGAUAUCAACGAGAGGGAUGGGUUCUGGCAGCUUCCGUAUAAAAAGAUUCGCUUCCGCCGCGCGCAGCCCCCAGCUGAACACAAGAUUACCAAUGUGGGUGAGCACAAGACCAAGUCAUCGCCGCCCCAAGGUUUA